CCAGCUUCGCUCUCACCCUCUGCUCCAUCAUCGUUACACGAAGGCCUCUCGGACCUGGGUAGCAAGCCAUACCCGCAAGACAGGCCUUACGCCAUUUAUGUAAAUCUGGAAUAAAUGGCCGCAACCAAGUUUUGCCCAUUCAGCGCAUUGCGAUGCGAUACAUCGCGACCUCCUUCGUCCUGAGGCUGAGCGCGUCAGGUCAUCCAAGCAGAGGAGAGAGUGUCCAUCACAUCCUUUGCCUGCAGCGGCAUCUCUUCAGUGUGAGUAUGAGCAGGCGGAAUGUCCUUGUAUGGGAAAGAUGUAGCACAAGAGUCGCAGCCGGGCACACAUUUCAGACAAGAGUGGGGGAAAUUUUGAUCGGAUUUAUGGAGAGAGAUUUGGGGGAAUUGGCUUUUCUUGGUUUCACGGAUCUUUCUUCGGAGCGUAGGUUGUAUUAAAAGGCUUUCAACGACCCCGCCGCAUCGGUUGUCUUCACCCUUCGUGAUCGACUUGGCUAUGGAGAAAAGGUGAGCGCGGUCGAAACCUAUGAGCAGGAGGCAUAAAUG